AUGUGUACCGAAAAGUGUAUCAGAAUUUGCGGAGUCCAUUUCCCCAGGGACUUCAGAAAUGCCACUUUUGAAAAAAAUGGCUCCAUUUGGGUCGACCACGAAACCGCAGUGAUUGACCUUCCUUGGGAUGCAGCGGAGUUCGAUUACUUCAACUACCUCAGGGAAAAGUGUACCUGGAACCCUGUGCACCAAGCCCAGGAGUUUUAUAAGUACAGAUUGCUGCAAUUCAAGCGCUACAACUGGAAGAGGGCUCAGAAGGAAAGCCUUGUGAAGGAGCAUAUGAAGAGAGACAAGCCUCCAGCUCCUGAGCUCAAGCCAGUCAUCCUGGAGACCGUUGAGCCGGUUCCAGAAUUUUCUGAGAAGAAGCCAAUUUCUGAAGCCUCCGUGGCUUCCACCAAUGUGGGUACUUCAAAGGCCUCGAACAAGGCCGUUAGAAUUACUAUUUGCCCACCAAAAACCACUUCCCCCAAGAAGUCCUCAACCAACGAAAAGGUCUCUGCACCUUCCCCCAAAAAGUCUUCAAACAACGAAAAGGUUUCUGCACCUUCCCCCAAGAAGGCUUUAAACAACGACAAGGUCUCUGUGUCUUCUCCCACAGAAAAACCUUCCCCAAAAAGUUCCCAGAGUUUCCUUGUCGAGACUCUGAAGACCGUUCCAGUUUCCACAAACGCGAAGGAAGCUGGAACCAAGGAGGAUUCCGAGUGUCCUCCACCUUCCCAAACCCGGGUUUCCAAGGCUGCGAAGCAAGAGGAAAAGGCAGCUAGAAAGGCUGCUAAGCAGGCAGGAAAGGCCGCAAAGCAGGCCGAGAAGAAGGCCCAGAAGCAGGCAGAAAGGGAAGCUGCAAUGGCUGCCGAGGAAGCUGCAAUGGCAGCUGAACAAGCUGCAAAGGAACAAGCUGCAAAGGAACAAGCUGCAAAAGAAGAAGCUGCAAGAGAGCAAGCCGCAAGGCAAGCGGAGCAGGCUGCAAAGGAAGCUGAGCAGAAGCUUGCAGAACAGGCUGCUAAGGAAGCUGAAGAGGCUGCAAGAGAGAAGUUGAGAUUGUCCAACACUCGCUUGCCUCCUACCCCAAAGCAGUUCAGACGUCGUUACUGGAACGUCAAGGAGCUCGAGGUCCGUGGCCACUACUUGCCCAACUACAGUAACGAAUUCUCUACCAUGCUUAUUCAGGUGGAUGACGAUGAGUCUGACCGCUUGGAGGAUGAUGGAGAGGAUGUCUUCGAGUUCCUGGGAAACGUCGAGAUUUUGGGUUCCGAUUUCAAGGUUACAGAGCCCGAACAUGUUCCAGAACCCGAGCAGGUUCCAGAGCCUGAACAGCCAGAAGAGGUUUUAGAGCCCGAGGUGCCAGAACCUGAAUCCGAGUUGCCAGAACCUGAAACCGUGGUUUUGGAACUUGACACCAAGGUACCUGGGCCUGAAACACAUUUGCUGAAGCCCAAGAACAAUACUGAGUUCUGGCUCGGCGACUUCCCAUUCUUCAUGCUGACCUUGGCCCAAAAGCAGUAUGUCACGUACCUUCCUGGAGACUUUUUCAAGGCUCAGGAGGUAUUCUACCCAAAGGAGAAUGUCUCCUUCUUACCUGGUGACUUUGCUGGCUUCAAGGCUCUCACUUUCCCCAAGAAUCAGUCGGAAUACUUCCCCACCGACUUUUUCGCUUUGUGGAAUGAACCAGCCGUCAGUGCCUCGAGGCCUGUGUGGGACUACACCAUCACCAAUACCAAGAAACGUUUUUGCGGCUUUUUGUUGGUGUUACCCAUGCUAAUGAAGCUUAUGUUUGCUCGAUUGUACUGA